AUGUCUCUACGCCCUGGUCGAUAUCUUGCUCGGUUCAUAGUCGAGGGAGACCAAGAUUUUGUUGGGGGUAUGUAUGCUACCGGUAAAGGACCUGGUCGACCGAUCGGGCUCGAUCCCAACAGGCCUGAGUUUUAUGGGCAGCAACAAUGGGAGUUUGAACUCGCUCCCGAGGGAGGGCGUGACGUGUAUACAAUCAAUUCCAGACCUGGUGAAUCCUGGAGCUAUGAAUCCGAAAAUCCUAUACCUGAAGAGCCCAUCAUCUUGGACGGUGCGAAACUGUUCAGAGUGCAACGCUCAGAGGGAAGCCAAGGGGGAGAUAUUUUCACCAUUGCCUCAACCAAAAGCCUCAUCGGAGCGACUCUCUACGUGGGAGCUGGAGAAAAUCAGAGAGUUUUAACGUUUAUUCCUGUCCCUGUAAUUCCCGGUGCUCAUGGUCCCCUUUGGGAGUUCAAGCGGCUGGAAGAAUAA